CAGCCUUAAUCAAUCAUACCAAGGAUCAAUCAUGAAAAAUAAGACACUUGAUUGUUGUCGUGCUCAUGGUCAAGUUGCUCCUUCUUCAGGUCCAAGUGCUUUACGUGGGGUUACAAUGAAUCCUGAGGGUAAACCAAAAGCCCAUAUUCAACAUAAUAAUCAUCGGUCGCAAGCAAAAUUUGAUAAAACCAUUGGAUCUGGAUUAAUUAGAAACGAAAUCAAAUCAAAGGAAAUUGUUAAAUUGGAAAGCCCGCAACCUGAGAUGAUUAGUCGGCGAGAUAUUUUAUUACGUGCUAAACAAGCUGAAUCAAAAGGCCACAGAAAGACUCCAGAUUGUGAUUUAGAUGAUGAAGAUGUUUGGCAUGAUAAAGAUAAACUUUGUCAGGAUCAUAUUCAAGAAGUAUUCAACAAAUGGGAACAGAUUGACGAUGAGAUAUGGGCAAAAGUAAUCUGUAUGGAAAAGAAUCGUCGUGUUGCCAAAGCUUAUGCUCGAUUACCGUUUCUCAUUGUUGAUGGAUCAGACAUUGGUUUUGAUGGAAUCCGAGUUGGCCUUAAAGGUUUUGAGAAUAUUGAUCGUCCUGAGAAAACAAAAGAGAUUCUUGAAACUUUUGGUGAAGGUGUUAAAAUUAAAAUGGAUGGAAAGGGUAACAUAUUAAUUAAAAGAGUAGGCAAAGCUGCAGUCUAUGUAAAGAGUUUUGUUGGAUCAUCAGAUGGACUAGGAUCUUGUAUUGGUAAAGAUAUUAUUGAAUCAAAGGGCAAAUUGGAAUAUAAAAAAGUGUCAACAUUAUUCGAUAUCCGGUCAUUCCAGGCCGGUAUCUCAGCCGAGCUUAAAGCCACUUAUCCACAAACCCAAAAAUUGGAGUCACAGUGUAUAACAGCAAUAGCUUUUGGUAAAGAAUCUGGUACUCUGGAUCUACUUGAAACACCAUCUUGGAUUAUGAUAAUUAAUAUAGUAGCCCUUGAAUUAUUACGUAAUGAAAUUCCUUCGGUCAGCCUAGUUAAUUCAACCAAUCAGUCAUUGGUUUCUGUGGUUAACAAGACUUGUCGAUCUCAUAUUCAACAACAAUCAGGUAACAAUAAUAAACCAAAGUCUCGUGAAGCUGUUGAACGUAAAGGUAUCAAUGUUAAUAACAAUACCAAUACCAAUAACAAGCUUAAUAGCAAGGAUGGUUCAAUUAUUGAGGGUAAUACGGUUUACCAGUUGAUUGCCUAUGAUACUGGGUUAAUAGGAGACAAUAAAAGCCCGUUAACUAAACAAUUAUCAAACAAAUCGGAUCUAAAAAGACUAGAGCCAUCAACUAAAUCAGUGAAAGGAGAUAAAUUCAAUCGUAAUCCAUCCAAUCGAAGUCAACUGAAAUCGCUUGGUGGUAAAAUUAGGCUUCCAGAUCCUGAUUAUGAUUUUGAAUUACCACCAAUUCGUGAGAAAACAUUCCUAAGAAAAGAGGAUCCAUAUUAUUGUGGUUUAAGCGCUAAGGUUUCUCAUGGAUUACGGGAAAAACGAGAAAAUGGCCAAACUAAUGGACUGAAUAGAAUUUACAAACCUGCUAAUGGCCACAAGAAUCAAAAUAAAUAUCCUCUUAUUAACCGAUUCUAUUCAUAUUCAUCUUCUGAUUCUUCACCAAGCAGUUGUGAAACAUCUUACUCAACAAUUUACAACAGCAUUAGUGACGGAUCAACCAGACUUGAGAUGAAAACUGGACGCUACUGAUGAAUUUACUCAAAUAGGACGAUUCUGCGAUUACAAUGAUGUUCGUGAAAAUGGAAGAAGAAGCCCAUUAUUAACUUGAAGAAUGUCUGGAAAAUUUGGACCCUGGAAAUUGAUUACUACUGACGAUAUGCACCGUCAACGCGCCAGAUGAUUCUUGAAUCAUCUGCAAACAAAGGAUGUUGUUUGUAAACAAUGAAGAAAAAAACACUAGAUUUGAUCUUUUUAGAAUCAAACUAGCAAAUGUUAAAAUUAACUAGAAAUAAAUCUGUUCAUGAAAGUUAAA